AGGCUUCCGUGUCUUUCAGCCUCUCUGCAUCUACGUCGAUCUAAGAUCGGCAGUGGAAUUCCUCUCCCACUCUCAAUAGGGUUCUCCUCUCUUUAUAUAUUUUUUCUUGUUCUUAGGGUUUUUCUAGGGUUCCUCUUCUUCGCCGUUCUUCUUCUUUCAUAGGGUUUCUCCGUCUCCUCCUCCGCUCAGUGUUUUCUCUAUCGUCGUCUUCUUCUGAAGGGGGGAGGAAUGGCGGUAGCGGCUCCUGGGCAGCUCAACGUCGACGAAUCGCCGUCGUGGGGAUCUCGAAGUGUCGAUUGCUUCGAGAAAUUGGAGCAGAUUGGGGAAGGAACAUACGGUCAAGUAUAUAUGGCUAGGGAAAUCAGGACAGGUGAAAUCGUUGCUUUGAAAAAGAUACGAAUGGACAAUGAAAGAGAAGGGUUUCCAAUAACUGCCAUACGUGAAAUUAAGAUCCUAAAGAAGCUGCAUCAUGAAAACGUAAUUAAGUUGAAAGAGAUUGUAACUUCUCCAGGUCCAGAAAGGGAUGAGCAAGGAAGGCCAGCAGAUGGUAAUAAGUACAAAGGGAGCAUCUACAUGGUUUUUGAAUACAUGGAUCAUGAUUUAACAGGCCUUGCAGACCGUCCUGGGAUGCGAUUUACAGUUCCUCAGAUCAAGUGCUAUAUGAGGCAGCUGUUGACGGGGCUUCAUUAUUGUCAUGUCAAUCAAGUACUUCAUCGUGACAUCAAAGGAUCUAAUCUUCUAAUAGACAAUGAGGGAAACUUAAAGCUUGCAGAUUUUGGUCUUGCACGUUCAUUCUCCAAUGACCACAAUGGAAAUCUAACAAAUCGUGUUAUUACUUUGUGGUACAGACCUCCGGAAUUGCUGCUUGGAACCACAAAAUAUGGUCCAGCUGUUGACAUGUGGUCUGUUGGUUGUAUUUUCGCGGAGCUUCUGCAUGGGAAACCAAUCUUGCCUGGAAAAAAUGAGCCAGAGCAAUUGACCAAGAUUUUUGAGCUGUGUGGAGCUCCCGAUGAAGUCAACUGGCCUGGGGUUUCCAAGAUCCCUUGGUAUAACAAUUUCAAGCCAGCAAGGCCAAUGAAGAGGCGUGUCAGGGAGGUUUUCAAACAUUUUGAUCGACAUGCUUUGGAGUUACUGGAGAGGAUGCUAACUCUUGAUCCAUCUCAGAGAAUAUCUGCAAAGGAUGCGCUGGACGCUGAGUAUUUCUGGAAUGACCCUUUACCUUGUGAUCCCAAAAGCUUGCCCAAAUAUGAGUCCUCACACGAAUUCCAGACAAAGAAAAAGCGCCAACAGCAACGACAACAUGAAGAAAAUGCUAAACGGCAGAAAUUACAACAUCCACAACAGCAUGGACGUCUGCCUCCCGUCCAGCAGACUGGCCAAGCUCAUCCUCAGCUCAGACCAGGACCCAACCAGCCCAUCCAUGGUUCCCAGCCACCUGUGGCUGCUGGACCGAGCCACCACUAUGGAAAGCCUCGAGGGCCCUCUGGGGGGCCGCCAAACAGAUAUCAGCAGGGUGGAAAUCCAAGUGGGGGCUACAACCCAAAUCGAGGAGGUCAAGGUGGAGGUUACAGUGGUGGACCGUACCCACCACAAGGGCGCGGGCAUCCGUAUCCUCCAAGCGGUAUGCCUGGUACGGGUCCUCGAGGUGGCAGUGGUGGUUAUGGAGUUGGUGCUCCAAACUACCCCCAAGCGGGUCCAUACGGUGGUGCAUCUGGUGCUGGUCGAGGCCAAAACAUGAUGGGGGGUAAUCGCAAUCCACAAUAUGGUUGGCAGCAGUAAGCAGAUGGCAUUAAUGGGUCAGAUGUCAUCACUCGAGGUGAAAUACCAUUGCAACCCUGACAGUGAUCAUCAAAGCUGAUGGAAAGCUGAAAUGUGUGUUCAAUACAUGUAUGAGAAAUAGAGACUCAGGUAUUAUUUAUGAGCUGCUACCCUGAUAGCUAGCAAUACAAGGUACGUGGAACAUUGGUUUUCA